UUCUUCACUUUCAGCCACUUUUACGGAAAUGAAAUGUCUAGGGACUUCACGUAGGGAAAGAUUUUGCCAGAUUGAUCGUCUUGCAUCUUUGUUUGCAUGGCUUGCUGGGAUUCUAUAUGAAGUACUAUCUGCUAAAGCAAAUGUACCAAAAAAUGUUUUGCUUGAACUUGUACGAAAAUGUCUUCGAAUAUCAGCUCCAAGCAAUAAGCAGCUAAUGGAUUCAGCCCUUCUCCUUGCAAAAUUGAUGGAUGAUAGCUCUCUAAUGGAGAAAGUUAAAAGGCUCUCUCAUGUCAUUCUGUCCAAUUCAGUCAAAAGCAAUGAUGAAAGCUCUUUGCCCAUUUCUUCAGUGAAUUUCCUUCAGAUGGAGGAAUACAUAAGCCGAGCUGCUAGAAAGCUUGAGUUGUUCAAACAACGAGUGACAAAGAGUAAAACAACAUCAUUGACGGAUUGCGACACCAACGAGCCUCGGACAUGGACUUUGGCGAAAGAAUGGAACCCAUGCCCGAUUGGCAUGUUGCCCCGCACUGCAGGGUCAUCUGGCUAUCUUCCUUCGCUUGAUCAUAUUGGUGAUAGAAAAGACAUUCAUGAAUUGGAUAGGAAGGAGACUCAGAAUCAGAAACCAAGCAAACAAGGUGUCAAGAGAGAUGCCACUUUGGACCUUACACUACUUGAUGAUUCAACUGUUAAGAAGAAGAAAGAGACAGGACAAGUUUCUAAAUUAACAAUGGAAGCUAAGGGAUGCCUACUGAUAGAUGGGAUUAUGAAGAAUGUUACAGAACAAGAGUUUCGAGCCAUUAAAUCUUCCGUGAGGAUUUUAAUUUAACUAAUGCUGUGUUCUUGUCUAGAUUGUAGCAAGAUAUUAUCCAAUUUUGUUCAAGCAUAGGAUGCCUAUUGAACUAUUUACAAUUCAUUAGCAAAACAAUGGUGAGGUAUGUAAAAUUCCACUAAAAACAGUCGAUUAAUUUUGACCAAUACGUUCUUGACACCACAUCGCAGCUGGUUGAAGGAAUGACAGGUUUUUUUGUAUUUGUAA